CCUUGAGCUGCAUGUCCUCAAAAUGUCAGAAAUCAUAAUACAUUCUCAUAAAUUCCUGCUUUGUCCAGUUGGUCACCAACUUUGUAACACCUUGGUCAUUGAAGACAUGCAUACCAGCACGCACAGGUAGACAUUCCUUUGCAAUUUCCUCACUAGGGUGGAAACUAACUGGAGUCCUCAACUCUCAUCCAUGCAGGUGAUGAGUCUCCCACACCCUCCACUCCACCCAUUCACAGGACUAUAUAAAACGACUUAGCUGGGCUUAAGGUCAACAUCCACAUUUGAUCAACUCCAGCAAUUUCCUGUACCUCAAUCUGUUUAUUCUAUCCAUCGGCCAUGUCGUUUUCUGUCUGCGCAUCCUGCCCCACGACCAUACAUGAGACCUGUGUGAGAACCAGUCCUGACACCUGCCUAAAGUCCUGUCCUGAUACUUAUGUGAGGACCAGCUCCGACACCAGCCUGAAGACCUGCUCCAUAACCUGCCCAAAGCCCCGCUCCACGACUUCAAAGUCCAUUAUUAUUCCUCGUCAUUGUGGUACGAAAGCCACUUGUGCACCCAAAGCCCACAGCGUGUACGGCUGUGGUUCUCUAGGAAGCACUCGGAUCUCCACCUGCACUUAUCUUGCAAGCAUUCGCUCCCCCUGCAUGCCACAUAAAAUUGGUGGAUGUCGUGGUGGAUUCGGUGCACGAAUCAUGGCUGGAGGUUGCCACGAAAAGGAUUAUGACUACCUCAAGAUAUCUGAGAAGUUCACCAUGCAGAACCUGAAUGACCGUCUGGCGUGCUACCUGGAGAAGGUGAGGUCUCUGGAGGCUUCCAAUGCCAAUCUGGAGAAGCUGAUCUGGGAAUACUAUGAGAAGAAGAGACCCAUCUGUCAGGAGGACUACAGUUGCUACCUGAACACCACCAGCUGUCUGCAAGACAAGAUUAAAGAGGCUACCAUCAAGAAUGCUGACAUCCUCCUGCAGAUCGACAACGCUAAGUUGGCUGCUGAAGACUUCAGAAUAAAAUAUGAGCAUGAAUCAGCCAUGGGGCAUUGUGUGGAGGCUGACAUCACUAAUCUGCGCCGAAUACUGGAUAAGACGUACCUAUCAAAGGCCGACCUGGAGGCACAGAUCUGCAUUCUGCAAGAGGAACUGGCGUUUAUGAGGAAGAACCACCACGAGGAGGUGGCAUUACUGAUGUGUCAGUUGACACCGAACAUUUGUGUGGAAGUGGAUGCCGCUCCUCAACAAGACCUGAACAAAGUUUUGGAUGAAAUUCGUUGUCAUUAUGAUACUAUCAUAGACAAACACCGUAAGAAGCAGGAAUGCUGGUUCAAAGAGAAGACAGAAGAAUUGGGCAAAGAUGUGGCCAGCAACACAGGGUGCAUGAAAACUUGGAGGUUACAGGUCGCAGAUUUAUGCCGCAACUUGCAAUGCCUGGAGAUUGAGCUACAGUCUCAAAUCAACCUGAAAGGAGCUCUGCAGUGUUCACUGGCAGACACAGAGGCUCGGUACAGUGCUAUACUUGCUGGAUUUCAGAAACAGAUCAAUGUGUUGGAAGCAGAGCUGUGUCAGAUGAGGACUGGCAUUGAGCAACAGGGUAAAGACUAUGCUGCCCUUCUGGACAUCAAGAGCCAUUUGGAAAAGGAGAUCGCCACCUACAGGUGCCUGCUGGAAAAUCAGGAUAUCCAGUAAGUACAUUUACAUUUCUAAGGUGUAGUUCAGCCAAAAUAAAUAAAUAAAAUAAAGGAAAACA